GGUCGAAAAUUCAAUUAAUAUUAAUUGACGCAUGGACUUGAGGGGAUUUAAAUUUAAACUAUGUAUAAACAUUAGUUUUAACAAAAUUAAUAGCAAUAUUAGAAGAUUUAAUGGAAUUGAUUCGUUAACCCCCCAGUUGGUUUACGCCUAUUGUGUGUCUUUUAACCAAUCGGGUAGACAUACCGGGCUCUGAACGUGACGAAGGUGCCUCGUUAAUAUUUAUUAGCCUAGACCUCGCCAUAGUAGGAUUUGAAGAUUGAGUGAGAUCGCCGCUGUGGAUCGUGGACCGGAGGAAAGAAAUGUAUCGGUUAUGCGCUACAGGAGCUAGAGAUCGAUACAGAGCCGGUAAACUGUCAUGAUUCCCAUCACUGAGUUGCGCUACUUUGCUGACACGCAGCCAGCGUACCGGAUUCUGAAACCAUGGUGGGACGUGUUCACAGACUACAUCUCCAUCGUCAUGCUGAUGAUUGCUGUGUUCGGAGGCACACUGCAGGUCACGCAGGACAAAAUGAUUUGCCUGCCAUGCAAAUGGGUCAUCAACCAGACCUGCAAACAGCCCAAUACCAGCAUGACACUGGAUACUGUACCCAAGGGCAUCCAGUAUGACCUCGACAGGCACCAGUACAACUACGUGGAUGCCGUCUGUUACGAGAACAGACUGCACUGGUUCGCAAAGUACUUCCCGUAUUUGGUAUUGCUGCACACGCUGAUUUUUCUGGCGUGCAGUAACUUUUGGUUUAAGUUUCCGCGGACAAGCUCGAAGCUGGAGCACUUUGUGUCCAUUCUACUCAAGUGUUUCGACUCGCCGUGGACGACGCGUGCGCUGUCUGAAACCGUGGUGGAGGAGAGCGACUCGAAGCCGACUGGAAAGAUGAACGGAUCGAUGGAUAAAAAGACUUCGAGCGUGAGCGAACAGGACGUGGAAGCGAGCGUUCCCAUGCUGCAGAGGACCAAGUCACGGAUCGAGCAGGGGAUCGUGGACCGCUCGGAAACCGGUGUCCUGGACAAGAAGGAGGGCGAGCAGGCCAAGGCUUUAUUUGAAAAGGUGAAGAAGUUUCGUAUUCACGUGGAGGAGGGCGACAUCGUCCACCGUCUUUACAUUCGUCAGGUGAUCAUCAAAGUCUUCCAGUUUGUCAUCAUCAUCUGCUACACCAUGUACUACGUUCAAAACAUCCAGUUCAGCGUAAAGUGCUCGGUGAACAUCGAGCGGCUGACCGGUUACACCAUGUACCAAUGUGCCCAUCCGUUGGCCACGCUCUUCAAGAUCCUGGCCUGUUUCUACAUCAGCCUGGUGAUGGUCUACGGCCUCAUAUGCAUGUACACGCUCUACUGGAUCAUCAGUCGCUCGCUGAAACGUUAUUCCUUCGAGUCCAUCCGCGAGGAGAGCAGCUACAGCGACAUUCCCGACGUGAAGAACGACUUCGCCUUCAUGCUUCACAUGAUCGACCAGUACGACCCGCUGUACUCCAAGAGGUUCGCCGUGUUCCUGUCGGAGGUUAGCGAGAAUAAACUGAGACAGCUGAACCUGAACAACGAGUGGACGCUGGAGAAACUCCGGCAGAGGAUCACCAAGAACUCGCAGGAGAAGCAGGAGCUUCAUCUCUUCAUGCUGAGUGGAAUUCCAGACACCGUGUUUGACCUGGUGGAGCUGGAGGUGCUGAAAUUGGAGCUAAUCCAGGAUGUUACAAUCCCGCCAAUUAUUGCUCAGAUGUCUAAUUUAAGGGAAUUAUGGCUUUAUCACACACCGGCCAAAAUUGAAGCCCCUGCUCUAGUCUUCCUGCGGGAAAACCUUACAUCUCUCCACAUAAAGUUCACAGACAUUAAAGAGAUCCCGCUGUGGAUCUACGGCCUGAAGAACCUCGGCGAGCUUCAUCUCACCGGAAACCUCAGCGCUGAAAACAACCGCUUCAUCGUCAUUGACGGUUUACGUGAACUUAAGAGGCUCAAAGUGCUGCGACUGAAGAGCAACCUGACCAAACUUCCUCAGGUGGUGACGGACGUCGGCGUGCAUUUACAAAAGCUGUCAAUCAACAACGAAGGGACCAAACUGAUGGUUCUGAACAGUCUGAAGAAGAUGAUGAACCUGACGGAGCUGGAGCUGGUGCGAUGUGAUCUAGAGAGGAUUCCUCACUCUAUAUUUAGCUUGCAUAAUCUACAGGAGAUUGACCUGAAGGACAACAACUUGAAGACCAUCGAGGAGAUCAUCAGCUUUCAGCAUCUCCACAGACUGGUGUGCCUCAAACUCUGGUACAACCAAAUCGCCUACAUCCCCAUCCAGAUCGGCACGCUCACCAACCUGGAGAGACUUUACCUGAACAGGAAUAAGAUCGAGAAGAUCCCCGCACAGCUGUUCUUCUGCAGGAAACUCCGGUACCUGGACCUCAGCCAUAACAACUUGACCAGCAUCCCUCCUGACAUCGGAUUCCUUCAGAACCUCCAAUAUUUCGCAGUUACGGCUAACCGAAUCGAGGUGUUGCCACCUGAACUCUUUCAAUGUAAGAAGCUGCGGACGCUCAAUCUGGGAAAUAACUGCCUUACGACGCUGCCGUCUCGAUUCGGAGAGCUAACGGGCCUGAUGCAGCUGGAGCUCCGCGGGAACCGUCUGGAGGGUCUGCCGGUGGAGCUCGUCGAAUGUCGCCUUCUCAAACGCUCAGGGUUGAUUGUGGAGGAAGAUCUCUUCAACACCUUACCACCUGAGGUCAAGGAGCAGCUGUGGAAAGCUGAUAAAGAACAAGCCUGAAUCGGACAAAAACGGGAUGAAAAGCCUUCCGAUUCUCAUCUGACUUUACAAAGAUGGAGUAUAAAGGGAAUCUGAACAAAACUUUGCUGUCCACACACAAGGUCAAGUCGUUUUUGUACUGCCCUCUACAGGCACGGAGGUGCAUGCGUACUGAUGCCAACAUGCAAGUGCGAGUGCCUAUAUUCAACAGUGGCAUUAUAGGAGCAUGAGGAUAUAAGCAAUAUGUUGUUCGUGUAUUAUGAGUGCUCGUGUCCGAUCAGGGAAGAGACUUAUUCAGAGUAUGUGCCAGUUAAAGACGUCAAAGUCUUAACUAAAGUGAUGUUUUGCGAGCCAAUAUUAUGUUUUAAAAUCAAUGCCUGUUUUUUGAAGACUAUAUGAUGAAAUGCCACAAAACUGAGAACUUUUAAAUGAAUCACUCAUGUAAUGAUGUGUCAAUUUUACACUCCUCAGACUACUCGACGCAAAACACUUGUUGACGAACAAACAAAACCACGUCUCGCUAUCUUUAUAAUAUGUUUAGAUAAGAAGACCUGGAUGAAGCACCCCAUUGGUCGACUUCUCACAGGAAAUGAUGAUGCAGUGUUCUGAUGACAUAUUGACUUUUGUCGCCACAGCGUUCCCACACUACCAUGGCCUUACUCUCAUGAGCUGUACGCUGAAGUUCAUGUCAAAUCAAAGUGUACGUUUUAUCUUUAUAAGUUUUAUAAUUUUACAAAAAAAAGAAAAACACAAACAACGCACUCGUGCAACCGUUGCAGUCAUGUGUUAGUGUAUGUGUUUAUGGCUUAUUUUAUGAUUUUUUUACCUUUUCUUUUGUGCAGAAGAUUAAUGUACACUGUAUGGCUUUAAAUGGAAAGUAAACAUUUCUGAGACACUUUUAAAA